GUACUGAACUCGUGAAACUUUUGAUUGCAAAGAAUCUGUCAAAAUUAAUUUGAAACCUUCCAACUACAGUUUGAACCCAUACACUUAACCACGCAGUUUAGUGAAUACGCAAUCAUUGGCGCAUUUUUUCCCCAUUAUCAGCUGUUCCGAAAGUUACGCCAUAGCAGGUUCUACUCGUUCGCUCCCGCCCGGUGAGUGGACGCACGAAUUCUCACUAACUGCUUCAAGAACUGGCGUAAUCGUAUUAAUCAGUCAAUGUUUGCUCACCAGUCGCGCGAUAAUGAUCUUCACCCACAAAGCUGCGUCGCCGCCUGAUAAAGAUGGAACCGAGAAGUCUCCGGUCAAAUAUAACUAUGCCGAUACCAUCUGGUGCACCUACAUAGUUUCGGUGAUUGCGGCCAGCAUUGCCGAAAUGUUUACCUAUCCGCUGGACCUGACCAAGACGCGGUUACAGAUCCAAGGCGAGGGUGGUACGAUCCUUAAGACCAAGUACCGCGGUAUGUUGGCGACUGCCGGGGGCAUAAUUCGCGAAGAAGGCAUACUCAAACUUUGGCAAGGAAUCACUCCAGCACUCUAUCGGCACUGUGUUUACAGUGGAGUCCGCAUAGUGGCGUACGACGCGAUGAGAACGAAGCUCCGCGGUGACAAAGAGCUAACCCUAUGGCAAUCGGCGGUAGCCGGAGUCGGAGCUGGAAUGGUCGCUCAAUGGUUAGCCUCACCGGCGGAUCUUGUUAAGGUACAGAUUCAAAUGGAAGGCAAAAGACGCCUGCUGGGUCAGGAACCACGUGUUCAUGGUACCCAUCAUGCUUUCCGGGAAAUUGUCAAACGCGGUGGUAUUCCAGGAUUAUGGAAGGGGAGCAUCCCGAACGUACAACGGGCAGCUCUUGUUAACCUGGGAGACCUGACCACUUAUGACGUGGCGAAACGAUUCGUGAUGAAGAAAACUGGCCUCCCCGAUAGUCAUUUGGUGCAUAUCAUAGCCUCGAUGUGUGCUGGUUUUGCGGCAGCAGCGAUGGGUACACCGGCUGACGUUAUCAAGACUAGGGUCAUGAACCAACCUACAGAUUUGAGCGGAAAAGGCCUCCUCUACAAAGGAUCAGUGGAUUGUCUACAGAAGACUGUGAGCAGGGAAGGUUUCUUUGCUCUGUACAAGGGUUUCCUUCCAGUUUGGAUCCGUUUGGGGCCAUGGGCAUUGAUAUUUUGGGUUUCGUUCGAACAUAUUCGAGCCACUCUUGGCGCUACUGGCUACUAAAAUUUUUCACAAAAUUAGUUUAGUUUAUUUUUAAAGACAAAGAUGACGUCGACCGGUUAAUGCUCUAUGUGCAAUUAUUUUUUGUUUCCAGACAGUUAGAAAAGGAGAUUUACCGUCUAAACGUGUAGUAUAGAGAAUACAAAAAUUUGUGAGCUGUGAUUUUUUAGGUUUAGUUAUAAAUAUGGCAAAAUAAACCAUUUCA